GUAGGAACUGACGUUGGCUCACAAGCGCUUCGCUCGAGCCAUUCUCCGUCCUUCGGUCAAUCGUGUCGAGCACCGACGAGCUGGCGACUGCUGGCGUCAGUCAAACAGUUUCCCGGGGCACAUACGCACUCAGAUCUCGGCGCCAUGAGCUCCACCGAUGGACCCAACGCGCCAGCGUCCAGUUCAUCUUCGCCGUCGUCCUCGUCGCUAAGGCAGCCACAGCAGGUUACACCGCAUCACAAGGGCCAUCAUUACAUCCUCCACCAUGCUGCUCAAGCUGGCAUCAGCGCAGCCUUGGCACCGGUGCUCGCCAUCGCAGAGCCGGGAAACAAUCCUUUCUCCAUCGGCGCCCUGCGCGAGGACAGCACGAGGACCAAAGGGAGGAGACGCAAGGCGUUCCUCCGAGCUGGCAGGAGCAUCAGCCCCUUUCGCGGCAGCGGGCAUCGCAGGAGCAGCAGUGCCACUCGAUUGAUGAAAGACCCAUCGGACGAAAAGGAGGAGCAAGAAGCAGCUCAGGGAAGCUCGGCCAUUGGUCGUAACAGAGGCGCUGGGAAUGACAGGGGCUUUGCACGCAAUUCGGACAGUGACACCAGCGAUUCGGACGAGGAAACCGACAGCGCAUCUUCCCCCGUCUGUCCGAGGAAUAACGCUUUCUCUUCCCGUGGUAGGUCGGACAGCAAGGGUAGCACCACCACCGUGAAGAGCUCUAGCAGUUCCCUCCUCGAGGGAGAAGAGGAAACUAGCAGCAGCAAGCCGGCCAUUUCGAAUGGUGCAAUCGAGCCAGAGAACGAGACAGGCACAGAAGAAUCCAUUGACGAGGCAGAAGAGGAGGACGACGUCUUUGACAUUGAUCCGGUCCUUCUCGAUAACACCUUAUUCAAUGCUGGAUGCCUAGACUUAUACGAGGGGUCAGAAGGGGAAGGCUGCGCGGCUGCGCCGAGCAAUGAGCUUCUGGGCAGUGCAGAGGACGGCAAUGAUGGUGAUGACGAGGAUGAGCAUAUAACUGCGCCAAAUGUUGUUCUUGCUGAAUCGCAAGCCUGGCAGGCGUUACGUUCGGCACCAAAGGGGAGCAGAAGCCACACUCCCACAGGCGAUCACGCGCUCAUUGCGAGUCGACCGAUCUUCGAGCGCAACCGAUGCACCAUCACCCUAGUCCACGGCGAAUUUGAAGCGGCUACUGCGACGCGAACUCGACCCAAGCGCUACGUCGUGGCGAGUGAUGGAAGCGAGGAGGCCGCUUACGCUGCCGAAUGGACGAUCGGGACGGUCCUGCGCGAUGGAGACGAGACGCUCAUCGUCUCGGUUAUGGAGACCGACUCAAAAUUCGACACGCUCGAUCAUAAGAACGAGUCAAAAGAGGCAAGGUCGGAACACCAGAAAAUCCGGCAGAACCAGGCGCUCAUUCUCGCGAGACAAGCAACAGCACUGCUGCAGCGCACCAGACUCGGCGUCAGGAUCAGCUGCCAGGCGAUUCAUGCGAAGAAUGCUCGGCAUAUGCUAUUGGACCUAAUUGAUUUCUACGAGCCCAACAUGGUCAUCGUCGGUUCACGCGGUUUAGGGUCUUUGAAGGGCAUCCUGCUGGGAAGAACGUCACAUUACCUUGUGCAAAAAUCCAGCGUGCCCGUGAUGGUGGUACGCUCGCGACUGAGACUUCCUCGCCUGCCGAAGGGCAAAACAGACGUCGUGGCGCACGUCAAGCAGAAGCACCUGCGCCUGCGCGACGCUUCUAUCGAAAAGGAGAGCAAUGUCACAGAAGCGGAUCCGGACGAAACCGCUCCUACGAAAGAUGUCGAGACGGAAGAGAGCGGGGGCGAGAGAAAAUCAACGGACGAAUUCGCAGCCGAAGAGACCGGUCAGAGAAAGGUCACAAGCAGCGCAGCGGUCGAAGCAAAAGAUGAUGAACGGGGUCGGGGGCGAACAAGAUCUGGUUCAGCUGAAAGCCAGUAACGACUUUCGCGUGGCAAGCGUACCAGCCCGAACCUGACCCCUCUUUCUCGGAAAAUAUGCCAAGGACAUUUAUGCUGUUGAGUAGACUACAUUGCUAGAUUACCUCUAUGUUGUACCAUUUGGAUUGCGGGUCGAGAAGAUGCAAACAUGAAGGAGCACCAAGCUUUUAUGCAAAGUAAUCGCUGCGGCCGAG